ACUUUAAUUUUUUUUCUUUUUUGUUUAGUUUAGUUUUGGGAUGUGGAUUUUCUCUGUUCUCUGUUCUUCUAACAAGGGAAGGGCUCAAAGUGUUGUUGUUUUUUUUUGGAGCUUACACUUGUUUAUAGAUAGAUUUGAGUUUGAUGAAAUGGGUGUACUUUGCCAACAAAUCGGCUUUCUAGUGUUGUUUACUCGAGUUCGGACCUUCCCUUAAUUCAAUUUUUUUUUUAAAAAAAAAAAAAAAAGCUUGAACCUUUAGCUUCUCUAACCUUGUUAAACUUGAGCUUCAUCGCGUAGUUGUUGUGUGUGCUCAAAUCUUAAUGAAUAUACUGGAUCUUAUGGUUUGUGGAACUUCUCUCUUCUUUGUUAUCUCUCUGGUUUAUUUAUACAUUCAGACAAUUUUUGAGCUUUCUGGUGCUUUUCGAUCUCAAAAAAUCUUCCAUUAUUUCAAUUCAAAACGGGGAAAAGUGUGAACCUUUUUUAGAUUCUGUUACCUUUUAGUUUUUUUUGUUUCUCUUUCUUUGUGGAACAUAAUUGUUGAUUGCAACUUUUUUGGAUGUGGAUCUUCUCCAUGAUUUCCUCUUACAAGCGCUCAAAGUGUUGUUCUUUUGAGCUUCAUUGUGUUAUUCAAACUCGAAUCUUCCAUUAAUUCAAUUCAAAACGGGAAAAGCGUGUAGCUUCUGUAACCUUGUUGUUUUCCUGAAAGUAUCUUCGUUAAGCUUCGGCUUUUCAUCGCCUAAAUUGCGAGCUUUAAAUCUUUGCAUAAUUGCACUUCUAAGGAAGAGAUUACUUCUGUCACUAUGGAUACCAAAAUGCUGGAUACUGGCUCCAAAGAUGCAAUCAGCUGGCUCCCUCGUGAGGUUCUGGGCGACAUCUUGUCCAGAGUUCCGACCAAACUGGCUGCUUCAACAUCUCUUCUCUCAAAAAAGUGGAGGAAUGUGUUUGCAUUGGUGCAUAAUCUCGAUUUUGAUGAUUCUGAUUUGCUGCAACCGGAGGAGGAUGAAGAAGAGAGGGGGGUGAUGCGGGAGAGCUUCAAGGAUUUCGUUGAUCGAACACUCGCUUUGCAAUGCGGUUCGUAUAUCAAGAAAUUCUCUCUAAAAUGCCACAUUCACGACGAUAAGAGCAAGUUGGCUCAUGUGGUCCGCUGGGUAUGUAAUGCCGUAGAACGUGGUGUUUUUCAGAUGGAUCUAAGUAUAAAGACUUGCUUUCAUGCCUUGCUACCUUCUGAGCUCUUCACGAGCAAGACGCUGGUUAAACUGAGACUGGGAACACAAAUUAGUUUUGAAGGACUUCCUCCAAAUGUGUCUCUCCCAGCGCUUAAGAUUCUCAUCCUCGAAUCAGUCUUGAUUCCACCUGACGAUUUGUGUUAUGUACUUCUUCCUGGUUGUCCAGUGCUCGAGGAGUUAUAUGUAUAUCACGACGGGUUUGAAGGAUGGCCGUACCGCAUAUCGAGUCAGACCAUCAAGAGACUACUACUUCACUACGAUGAGUUUGAAAUUGACUUCAUGAGUUUUAUGUCAAUUGACGCCCCAAAUGUACUCUUCAUGGACUACUCCCAUUAUGCCUUGCCUGAUUAUCCACAAGUUAACUUGGAGUCUCUAGUCGAAGCUAGGUUGGAUAUUCAAUAUACUAAAAUAAUCGAGAGGCCGGAUCUAACGGGUCUCAUUAUGGGGAUAAGCAACGUCCAGACCCUGCAUCUUUCUCCCAAUACUGUUGAUGUGAUUUCUGGAUGUGUUAGACAUGGACUACUUCUACCGGUGUUUAACAAUCUGGUAAGCUUGUCUUUUGGGAGUAAGAAUAAAGAAGGUUGGGAACUGCUGCCAUAUCUGCUUGAGCAGUCUCCAAAGCUUGAAACUCUGAUCAUCCAGGGGAUUGAUAGUUACACAGGCGAUGUGACCAUGAUUCCGUCACAAGUGAAGGUGUUGCGUGUUGUUGGUUAUGGAGGAACCGCUAAAGAGUUGGAAAACGUGAAGAAAUUUAUUGGGGAGUCGGAAUGCCUUGAAGUGGUGCUAGCGUAGUAGGCUGCGGAAGCUGUGGUGGAUGAUGUCAUAUAAGCUGCGUUUCAUUCUAGUUCUACGAUUAAAAAAAUGGAAACAAAACUUUUUUUUAAUCUAAAAGUCGAAACUAUAAAUAUUUACAGUAUGUAGAAAUUUAUUUCUAUAAAUGUUACUUUGUUUAGAACGA